AUGCUAGCCCAGAUUCUCGACGGACGCAGCGCCAAAGAGGUUCUCACCGCAUUUUUUCACUCAAUACUUUUCCCUAGGUUGUUUGGCGCUGUAAAACCUCAGACGUUCGAGGUGCUAGAUGUCACCGUGUCACGCGUUUUGGAUCCUGAGAUAGAGCCACUCCUGACCGAGAAAGUGGAUAUCUUUUGGAAGGGCAUCGAAAGCGGAGCGAACCGGCGUGGUCAAGUGAGUUUUUUUUCUGUCUACGCUGCAUAG